UUCACUCAACAGAAAACCAGUCAUCAGAUCAGAGGAGCUGCUAAAAUGAACAGACUCUUCUUGCUCAAUGCAUUGUUCUGCAUCGCAUAUGAAAUUCCAGCACAGCGCAUUGUCCAGCCACAUCUAUCAGUGACAGCCCAGCUUGGAGAGUCUGUGACUCUGGAGUGCUCUACAUCACAUAUUCAGCACGGCACUUUUUUUUUGUUCAAGCAAGUCAUUGGACAGCCUCCUAAGUAUAUGGUGAUAUAUGAUGGACAAUCAAAGCCUACCUUUCUUGGAGAAUUUAUCAAUAAUUCACGUUUCAAAACACAAACAAAUGCCGGCAGUUUUACCCUCACAAUUUUAAAGAUGGAAUCAUCGGAUGUGGCUGUUUAUUACUGCGCAGAGCUGAGAGACAGUCGUAUGCAUUUUAGGACUGGAACUGCACUGCUGCUUAAAGGCAUUGAAUCCAGAGGAGGGAUUCUUCAGCCUCCUCUCUCUGAAUCGAUGCAGUCUUACUAUUGUGCACUGGUGACAUGUGGGGAGGACAGUACUGGAAAUGAAACCGAGGAGGACAGUAAGGGUAGAAAUCAAAACAGUCCUAAUGUAGUCAUCUGUUCUUUGGCUGCAACAUCCAUUUUUCUUUUGAUUUCAAUUGCUGCCCUUCUGUGCACAAGAACCAGGGCAAGGAAGUGCAAACCUCUUGCAGGAAAUGUUGCUGCACAAGCUGCUCAAACAAAUGCAGACGCCACCAAUGAUCAGAAUCAGCAAAUGCUGGAUUACGCUGCCUUGGAUUUCGAUCAGAGAAGAAAUAAACCUGGAAAAAAGAAGAGAGAAGUGAAUAAAGAAAGUGUGUACACUGAAGUGCGAGUGCAGCAGCGGGAAUAACAAUCCUGUACACACUGUUUCCAAACACAGGCUGCAUAGAACAUAAACAAAUGGAACUGUAAUACACAUUAAUUACAGAUACCAUGGGCUGUAUAGUUAGCUGGAAUGGCAGAUUAGGAACCUAACAGAAAUAGGUAACACUUUACAUGAAGUAUGGCUAAUUAUUAUGUAUUUACAUAGUAGUUAAACCUAAAAACUUUCGGAUA